CACCUAGAUGUCCUCGUGUUUACUUAUUGCAUCAGCUGCAGCUCAACAAUAGAAGCACAAAUGAUUCAUGUUAUGUAAUUAGCUCUAUUGAAGUCUCUUACUGUGGUUUUGUUCUGCUCAUAUUGCAACACAGUUCUGCAGCUUAAAAGCGUUCCCUCAGGAUGAGAUGAGGGCAAACAAUCAUGUCAGCCCUCAGGACUCUAGCUUUUCUAGCUUUAGUUGGUGUUUCCAGCUGUCAGACUUCAGACUGCUCAUACGUUGGUCUUCUGACACAUUUGAACCUGACGACAACUAAUGAUCUUCUGGCAACCAUGCGACCCGUGAAGAGCUGGACUACACCCACCCUGGUUCAGCUGGACAUGUUGUUGUACGGCAUUUUAGAAGUGGAUGAGAAGUGUCAGACGGUUACGAGUCACAUUUGGAUCGAAAUGGGUUGGACAAAUGAAUUGUUAACUUGGAAUUCCACUGAAUUUUGCGGUAUAAAUAUGCUGACCAUUCCAAGAACCAGGCUUUGGAUCCCAGAUAUAGAAAUCUUGGAAGAUGCUUCUGAUACUGGGAGCAUUCAAAAAAGUUCAGUCGUCAUUUUGUAUCCAAAUGGUUCGAUGGUGGCGACCACAAGAGAGCGGCUUACUUCCACCUGUCGGUUGGAUCUCUUCCUGUUCCCUUUUGAUACACAAGAGUGUGACAUUUCAUUUUCAUCCAUGAGCUCAGAAGCAACUGCUAUAGAACUAAGGUCACUCAACAGUGGCAGAACCCUCACUCAAAUCUCAGAGCUGUUCAUGGUUACAAAGGGUGAAUGGGAUCUCAAACACAUGAAAAUUAUGAGUUUAAAUUUAACCAAAGCAAAUGGACAUAGAAGCAAACUUUUAUACAAGGUCUCAAUUACCAGGAAGCCGAUGCUUUAUGUGAUCAAUUUUAUCAUUCCCCUGCUCUUUUUUCUGGUUCUGGAUUUGGCGUCAUUCUUCAUCAGUAAGGAAAGAGGUGAAAAGCUGAGCUUCAAAGUGACUAUACUCCUGUCCAUCUCUGUCAUGCUGCUGAUUCUUAAGGACAUUUUGCCCUCCACUGAAGCAAACGUGCCAAUGAUCGCCAAAUACUGCCUUUGUAUCUUCUGCUUGGUGGGGUUGAGCGUCCUGGAGGCCAUGCUGGUGGGCUACCUAUACGACCUCGAUGGUUGCUGCUGCAAGACGGCUCAAAGCCCUGCUGACACCCAAGAGGAUAUCCAUUUGGAAGUCGACAAUCAGAAAGAGCCUGCUGGAGUUGACGAGAUGGCUGAGAAAAGUUCCCUUCCUCUGGAUGGGCCCGUUGACGGCGGCCUGCUUAAACUGAUCCUGCAGGAAGUGAAGGCAGCUCGACAGGAAGUUGAAGAACACAAAGACCAGAGAAAGGCCGGACGCUACAGAAGGGCGGCUCUAAUCGUAGACCGUGUCUUCUUUUUCUUCUAUUUUGUAGUCGUUGGCCUUUUUGUCUCGUACAUGAAUACAUUAUGGGUUACAUAUUACUUUUGAUUGUAAUAUUAUGUUUUUAAGAAGUUAUUAUAACUGGAAUAAAAAGAGGUACAAUUGGUCUCAAAAUAGUUAUUGUUUUAAUUUUGGUUUAUGCAUGACCUGUGAACUAUACCGGUACUUUUGUAAAUGAAUGCCAAUGAGACACAUUUUGCUGGCGUGUGACCUUUUAUUUAGUUACAAUUUUCUAUCACUGUACGAAAUAUCUAAGUACCUAUUUUUUUCUAAGCAUAUUAAGUUAGGUAAACUAGUAGAUUCCCCAACACUGAUUAUGAAUAACAUUAGGAUAGGGAAUAUUGCAUUACGGUCAUGCUGUUGCACGUAGUGAAACAGGAAGCGGAAUAACUCUGUUUAGAUGUAAACAUACCAGCACUUUCAGCUGCUCAUGACAUGUUCCAUUGUCAUUUCCCUGCAUUCGUCCAUUAAAGCAAGUGAACAAAUGGGAUGUUGUUCUUAUUUAUAGGAUAUUGUAUAUAUUAUGUGAUUUUUUUGGAUCAAGAUUUGUGUUGAUA